CGGAGCGCUGCGGGCGCGGCGGGGCGAUGGAGGCGGCGGGCGGGCGGGCGCUGCUGGCCGCCGUGGGGCUGCUGUCGGCGCUGAGCGCCGCGGGCACGCUGUUCCUGCUGGCGCAGUGGCGGGAGCUGGGCGCGGCGCUGCGGGAGCUGGAGGCGGCGGCGGGGAACGGCUCCGUGCGGGGGCUGCCCCCCGCGCCCGCUCCCGCCGCCCGCACCAAGCGCAGCCGCCGCGGGGAGCGCGCCCGCGCACACGUGCGCGCCGACAGCGACGAGAUGAUGAUGAUGCUCACCUACUCCAUGGUGCCGGUCCGAGUGAUGGUGGAUUUGUGUAACAGCACAAAAGGGAUAUGUUUAACAGGCCCCCCAGGACCCCCAGGGCCUCCUGGGCUGCCUGGCUACAAUGGAACAGAUGGAAUUCCAGGAGCUCCAGGACAAAAAGGAGAACCAGGAGUAAAUGGAAAAAGAGGAAAAAUAGGUUUGCCAGGACCAAAAGGUGAUCAAGGACAGAAAGGAGAACCAGGAGAAAUGGGUUUGCCUGGCAAGGAUGGUAUGCCAGGAGGAAAAGGUGCAAGGGGAUCCAAGAGAAAAAAGGGGGAUGCAAACAAUGAUGUGAUAUUAGAAGGUGCAAAAGGUGAGCCUGGACCACCUGGGCCUCCUGGACCCCCAGGGCCUCCAGGUAAACGUAAAGGUAAAGCCAAAGUGGAGCUUCAGGAGAACAUCUACAGCAGCAAAUGCACAGAUGAGAUAUGUGGUGUACCAAAUGAUGAUACCCUUGCUGGAAAGGCUGAAGACAGAACCCCAGAACCCCCUUCAAAAAAAGCUGAAUGUGUCAUAACGUCUGUAGGAAGUCCUGAUCAGUAUGUCAGUGUACAGCAAACGUUUGGAACUUGGAUGAGGGAACCUGCAAACAUAAGUGAUGAAAGGAUUUGGCUCACAAUGCAUUUUUUAGGAAACUAUAUAAAAGAAUAUGAAAAUUUCGAUGCCUUGCUGAAUGGCAGCUACAGGAUCAUUAACAUCACAGGACUUUUCUAUGGAUGUGGUCAUGCCGUACGAAACAAUCAUCUCUACUAUCAUCAGGGAGGAACCAGUUACAUUCAGAAGUUCGGGCUUGAUAAAGACUCGCAGCACACCCUGCACAUCAAAAAGGCCUUACACCAGGGCAAGAACUACCUCUUCUCUAACUCCAAGACGUAUUUCAACAUAGCAGUGGAUGAGAAGGGUCUUUGGAUUAUAUAUGCCUCAAGCAUUGAUGAAAAUAUAAUGGUAGCCAAUGUUGAUGAAGAAAGCUUCUCAGUCAAUUGGCACAUCAAUACCACCUAUCCUAAAUCCAAGGCUGGUAAUGCAUUCAUAGCCUGUGGCAUUCUGUAUGUUACUGACACUAAGGACACGACAGUAAGUUUUGCUUUUGAUUUACUGAAAGGGAAGCAGAUUGAUGCAAGGUUUAAGUUACGGUCUUCACAGUCUAUUCUUGCUAUGCUGUCGUACAGUCUGCGAGACAAGAAUUUGUACACGUGGGAGAAUGGAAGCUUAAUGGUAUACCCAGUCCGUUUUGGCACAUGAAUAUAUUUUCACAUGCCACCUUUGACUAAAGCAUCUGUUUAAACUCUAUGACAUACACAUGGGGGUCUCUUCACUUGGAAUAAUUUUCUGUUUGCUGCUGGUGGUGUGUAAGUGUGUAUGAAAGGGAGAUCGGGUGCCUUUGUAUAAACACACUUCAAUUUCAUAGGCCAUCCUCGUCUUUUUAAAAAAUUGUUGUUCACUAUUGCAGAUAGCACACAGCAUAGACAUACUUUUGUUUUUCCUGUUACUCAGCUGAUAAUUGUGUCUAAUGUACAUUGAUUAUUCCAUCAGCAGAGACUAUUUGUAACUUGUAUUUACAAUCAUCUUCUCUGCAAUCAUUUUCUAGUCAGUGAUGACAGUCUAAUAUAAACACCUAAAUAAUGAACUUUUGUGUACAAAUACCUUUGUCACUUUCAUUUAAUUUCCAUGGAUUCUGUGUGACCACUUUUUCUGGACAAAAUUUUAAAACUCUUAAAAUGGAAAUACUUGUUUAAAUAGGAAAAAAAGCAGAAAGCUUAAAAUUUGACAAGUCAAAUCAAGUGUUAAUAAUCAAAAGCAAAAUCCAGCUAAAGGAAAAUGGGAAUAAUGACAUUAAAUACAACUGAUUAGACAUGAAUUGUGUUUCUUUAAAAUUAAAGGCAUAACCUUUAUGAUUAAAAUUUCAUUUUUAACGGUA